UCGAUCCAAGCGGUCGUACAUGCAUCAGGGCAUGUGGUGCACUUUGCGGUGGGCGAGUGUGGUGCAGAUGGUGGCGAGCGUGUAUCUCUGUGCCAUGCUCUCGUUGCUGCUCCAGUGGGAGCCACUAUUGUCGGCCAUCGGUGCUGCGCCUGCGAGCCGUCUGCCUGCGAGCUCAUGGCCGCAUCUCAUCACCUUCCUCACCUCGAGCCAUGUCGGUCUCUCGGUCGACGACGCGUGUACUAGCCUGCUUGUCCUUGGUCUGGCGUGUGCCGCCGUUGCAGCGGUGGCUGCACCUAGGCUGGGGAGCUUGGCUAUUGCGGUGGCCAUGGGUGCGGCGUGGACGGCGUACGCGGCGGUGGUGGCCAUGGGCGGCGUCUUUCUCUCCUUUCAGUGGGAUCUGCUGCUGCUGGAGACUGGCGGCAUUGUGGCGGGCGUGAGUCUGGCCGGGCGGAGCGGGGUGCGGCUCGGGCGGAUGCUCCUCACGCUCCUCGCCAUCAAGCUGAUGCUCGGCUCGGGCGCAGCCAAGAUGACGGCCGAGUGCUGGACAUGGACCGAGCUCCGUGCGCUCUCCACCGUGGUUUGCGGCUCUUCCGCGCUGGCUCCUUGCUGCGGGGUGACCGGCACCUUUGCUGCCCAGAUCUGGGCGCCCAUCGUUUGGCUCCUCUUCCUCCCGUUUGGCGCCGCCGUCCACGCCGUCAAGCUUGUCUCGGCCGGCCAUCUGCUAUUCCAAGCCACCAUCAUGGCCUCGGGCAACUACACGUUCUUCAACCUUCUGGCGAUGAUUCUUUGCGCGGCGCCGGCGAUCGACACCCCUGACAUUGUCCCGCUCCUGCCCUCGUUCAACUACGGCGCGUCGGCGGUGGCGGGAGCAAGCGUCGCUGCUGCUGCCGCCUCGUGGUUUACCUGGGCCCCGGCCGACGGCCUGGCGCUGGGCGUCUCGUCGGGCGCGGUCUCGUCGCAGCUCGCCACCCUGGUGGUCCUUGUCAUCUGCGUCGGCCUAGUCUAUGGCGUCCUCGAAGUGGCGCUGAUGGUGUACCGGGCGCGGUCGGUGGCGAGCGUGGUUGUUGCGGGCCUAGCGCUCACCUGGCUCGCGCUGUUUGUUGUGACCAUGGCAGUGGCGUCGCCCGAGGCCAACAUGGCGCUGCAGGGCGGGCUCUCGCGCGAGUUGUAUGCGACGCUGCGGUGGGCGGCCUACGCAUCGCGGACGGCAUCGUCGUACGGGCUCUUCCGGCGGAUGACCGGAAUGGAUCCGGCGGCGUCGCCCGACGUCCCGCUGGUGGCGCGGCCUGAGAUCGAGCUCGAGUACUCGCUGGAUGGCGGCGGGACGUGGGCGGUCCUCCCCUGGCGAUACAAACCGAGCUCGCUUGACGGGCCGCUCCGCUUCGUCGCGCCGCACCAGCCGCGGCUCGACUGGCAGAUGUGGUUUGCGGCGCUCGGCUCGUACCAGCACGCGCCGUGGCUUGUCCGCCUCGCGCUGCUCCCGCUGGCCGCGCCGGAGCGGGUAGUUCCGACCCUGCUUCCGAUCCUGGGCGACGGCGCUGACGCCGUCCUCAACGCCACCGCCAUCGCUGCGGCGCUGCCGCGCUCUCGACUUGUCCGCGCCACCCUCUUCCACUAUGCCUUCACUGGAUCACGCGCGGCAGCGGCGGCCGGCUCCAAGAUCAGCCCCGCACCCUGGACGGCCGGGAGCGUGUGGGAGCGCGCCACCGCGGCCUCGUACUUUCCACCGAUCUCGCCUGCCCAGCCGCAGGUCGCCGCCUUUAUCGGUGAGCUGACUCCGAGCAAGGCGACACUCUUGGGCGAGCUCCGGCGACUUGCCACCGUCCAUCUCGCGCCGCAUGCUUUUGGUCUCUGUUGCGCCAUGUGCUUGGCUCCUCUCCUCGGCUGGGUUUGGUGA